AUGGAGAUUGUCAACGAGAUGGUGUCGUCGGAAGAUUUACUGAAGUUUGAGAAGAAGUGUAAUGUGGAGUUGAAGCAGGGCUCGCUGUCCAGAGCAACACAGGACAUGCUGCCAUUACCUCUUUUCAAGCAUGAGGAGUCCGCGCUCUCUUCAGACCAUGAGACCAGUGCUGUCAGCUUCCAGUACGUCCUGAGUGCUGCCACCUCGCCUGCUGUUAAACUGCACGAGGAAACGCUCACCUACCUCAACCAAGGUCAAUCAUAUGAGAUCCGGAUGCUGUGUAAUCAGAAUAUAAGGGGACUCUUGGAGUCAAGCGGGAAGCUACUGAAGAGUACAGUUAGGGUGGUCUUCCAUGACAGGCGGCUCCAGUACAGUGAACACCAACAGUUCCAGGGCUGGAAAUGGAACAGACCAGGAGACCGGUUGCUUGAUAUCGAUAUUCCCCUGUCAGUUGGAAUUGUCGACCCUCGAGUAAACCCCAUCUUGCUGAAUGCUGCGGAGUUUCUCUGGGACCCAAAGAAACAAACCUCUGUCUCCAUUCAGGUUCACUGUAUCAGUACAGAAUUCACUCCCAGAAAAAAUGGCGGAGAGAAGGGGGUCCCUUUCAGAAUCCAGAUCGACACGUUCAAGAUGAGCGAGAACGGAGACUACACUGAGCACCUGCACUCUGCAAGUUGCCAGGUCAAAGUAUUUAAGCCCAAAGGUGCUGACAGGAAACUGAAGACCGAUAAAGAGAAAAUCGAGAAACGUUCCCCACAGGAGAGGUCCAAGUAUCAGCCGGCAUACGAGGCCACAGUCCUGACUGAGUGUUCCCCUUGGCCUGACACUUUGUCCUGUUCGAACACAAGCCCAACCAGAAGUCCGAGCUACAGCCCUGCCUCUCCAAUCCCAUUCAACGGCACUGAGGGCAGUUGUUCAUCCCCCACUCACCAGGGAGACAGGGCUGGACAAAACACAGUGGAGCAUCUGUCACCAACGUUAACAAUUCAGGAAACACAGCAGUGGCUUCAUCUCCACCGAUUCACCACCUUCUGUAAACUGUUUGCUAAUUUCUCAGGUGCUGAUCUACUUAAACUCUCACGUGAUGACAUCAUUCAAAUCUGCGGCCCAGCGGAUGGAAUCAGGCUUUACAAUGCGCUGCGGCUGAGGUCCAUUCGACCUCGUCUCACCAUUUAUAUGUGUCAGGAACCACAGCAAGGAAAAGAGCAAGAGAAUUCCCAAGACUCUCCCAACACUUCCGUGUGUGUAUACAAGGAAAUCUACCUGGAGGAUUUAACGAAAGCUGAACUAACAAACAAACUGGCAGCCCUGUUUAGCAUCCCACCGAACCAGAUCCUGCAAAUCUACCGACGGGGAGUUGCUGGGAUCCACAUCCUGGUCGGGGACCAGAUGAUUCAGAACCUUCCAGAUGAAUCCAGUUUCAUAAUUAACUCACUGAAAGUGGACAGCCUGGGUGGAUACUACAUGAUAUUAAAAUAGGAGUUUUAUAUCUGAAACUGAAACCAAUGCAGUGAACAUCUGGAGCAGCGAUCAAUCCUGUGAGACUCAUUGCACUUUCCGGUAUUGCAAACCAGUGCCUCCUCCUGAACAGAGCACUGAUUAGUACAGAAUGAUUCACCUCGAACAAUGUUUGAGACACAAGUCUGUGCUUACUGAAACCUUGGGUUCUUCCAAAAUGAGUUUUUAAACCCUUCAAUGAACACAAGACCAAACACUUAGAUCAACUACAUAAAACUAUUGGUUUUCCAGCAGCUACAUGCGGCUAUUUUUG